AUGCUUCUGUCACCUUGGUCUCAAUCCUUAAUGCAGUUGACAUUUGAGCAACCAGAGAAUGUUCCUAUUCCAUCUUCCCCGGGAUUCUUGGACGCCAUGAUAGAUCAAGAUUGUGCGGAAGAUGAUUCAGCACCCCAUGGAUAUUUAUCCACAUCGUGUUUUCUAGACCAAUCUUACGAUCAUCCCACAUCACCCACGUCUUUCCCUUCCUAUGGGGGUAUCACAGAAGCCGUGCCCCACGAUGCUGUGUUCCUUCUCAAGCAUUAUGUUUCGGCUGUAAUUAGCCUAAUGACCCCCCUCCGACACUCCAAAACCCCCUGGCACGUUCUUUUUAUACCUCAUACCAAGAGCUGUCUUGCUGGCUUGGCCCUGGGCGAUGAUAUGAGCCAUGCUAGUUUGUGUGCAUUCUAUGGAACAUUAGCUAUAAGUGCAUUCAGCCUUGGAGGAGUCUCUCGAUCCCAAACAUGGAGCGAGAAGGCCAUCAUAUACCAGCAAAAAGCCCAGCAAUAUGCAAAAAUGAUGCUCAUGACCGCCUACGAUGUUCCCAAAGUAGCCAAAUACAAGUCAAUCUUGAUGGCAUUGCUUACCAUGAUCCAAGUGACGAUGUUCUCGGGAAACCGAAGGCAAUCGGAAUAUUACUUUCUCGAAGCAGAAAAGUUUAUUCGACUGAGAGGACUUCCGCGAAAAAAGUCUCGGAAAGUACGAUUACUACAUCACUGCUAUGUAUUUGAACGGAUCAUCCAUGAGAGUGUUUUCAUUUGUGGGGCGAACUCAAGACAGCGCCAUCACAUUCACACAGCGAUUGAGACGAGCGGGCUAGGGAUUUACAGCCUUGAUAGCCUAUCAUUCCGUCUAUCGGGCUGGAAGAAUUUGGAUCAAGAAAUGAUGAGGGUGCGCGGGCAGGAGGAAGGCGAGAAUGAUCUCCAUCUUGAAAGGCCUGGCUUCUGGUCUAAUUCUCUGUACCCGGAGAUAUUUGGUAUCCCUGAACCUUGGAUUAUUCUUCUAUCCCAAAUAAUUCGACUCGGGAAAGAAAAAGACGCGGCAGAGGGAAAUGACGCACCAGACUGUCUCAGCUUAAAGGACUUCAUCGGUCGGGCGAAGACUCUCGAGGACUAUAUCACAAAUCUAGCACGACCCAGCCUGGACAACAUCCAUUCUGAACUCGACCAUGAAAUAAUAGAAAAUAUGCUUAAUGCAAUGCAGAACGCACUAGCAAUAUACUUUUAUCGUCGGAUCCACGACGUGGAUGCUUCCUUGCUACAGCAAAAGGUCAUGGGUGUGUUGGACAGUCUAUUAUACUGCGAGAACACAGACUCCACUGUGGUACAUGGCUCAGCAGGGUUUAUCUGGCCUGCGUUUAUUGCGGCCUGUGAAUCUGAGGAUCCAUUGAUUCAGGUAUCAUUCUCUGACUGGUUUGUAAAUUCGGCACGCCGCAGUGGCUUGUCUUGCUUUACUGAAACAUUGGCCAAUAUCCAACGAAUUUGGCAGGAGAAGACUUGUGCUAAUGGGAGGAGUGUAACCUGGCUGGAUCUAAUGAGAAAGACUAUCCCAUUGCAGCAGGGGUUUUGA